ACUUAGUGCCAGUACUGUAUCUCUAUUUCUCUUUUCAGAAAACAAUCGAAAUUUACUCUGUGGAGCUUGAUGGAACUAAAGACAUCCAGAAAACAGACAAGGGGGAUGGUCCGGAGAAGUACAGGGGCCUGAAGAACCAUCACAAGCCGGGCAAAAAGGACCACUCCAAGGAGGCUCCUCAAGACCUGGGCCUGGAUGACCACAAGCUCAGCUGUGAGGAGUUGGAAAAGAAAUAUGGAACCAACAUUGUUACGGGUCUCUCCAGUGCGAGAGCCGCAGAGCAGCUGGCUCGGGACGGGCCCAACACCCUCAGCCCUCCCAAGACGACCCCGGAGAUCAUCAAGUUCCUCAAGCAGAUGGUGGGAGGCUUCUCCAUCCUCCUGUGGAUUGGAGCCGUCCUGUGCUGGAUCGCAUACGGGAUUCAGUACUCCAACAAUCUGUCCCCAUCUCUGGACAACGUGUACCUGGGUGUUGUGCUUGCUGUGGUGGUUAUUUUAACCGGGGUCUUUGCUUAUUAUCAAGAAGCGAAAUCCACCAACAUCAUGGCCAGCUUCAGUAAAAUGAUUCCUCAGCAAGCUCUUGUCAUCCGAGAUUCCCAGAAGACAACAAUCCCUUCCGAACAGCUGGUGGUGGGGGACAUAGUGGAGAUUAAAGGGGGAGACCAGAUUCCUGCAGACAUCAGAUUGCUGUCCACUCAAGGGUGCAAGGUGGAUAACUCCUCGCUCACUGGGGAAUCUGAACCCCAAUCCCGGUCCUGUGACUUCACUCAUGAAAACCCCCUGGAGACAAAGAACAUCGCGUUCUAUUCUACCACCUGUCUGGAAGGCACAGCCACCGGCGUGGUCAUCAACACGGGUGACCGCACCAUCAUUGGACAGAUUGCCUCCCUGGCUUCAGAAGUUGGAAAUGAGAAGACACCGAUUGCCAUUGAGAUCGAGCAUUUUGUCCGUAUCGUGGCAGGAGUGGCCAUCUCCAUUGGCUUUCUUUUCUUCAUCAUCUCGGUGUCCAUGAAGUACGCUGUCCUGGACUCCAUCAUCUUCCUCAUCAGCAUUAUUGUAGCCAAUGUGCCUGAGGGCCUCCUGGCCACUGUCACUGUGACGUUGUCACUGACAGCAAAGCGGAUGGCCAAGAAGAACUGUUUGGUGAAGAACCUGGAGGCUGUGGAGACCCUGGGCUCCACCUCCAUCAUCUGCUCCGACAAGACGGGGACUCUGACCCAGAAUCGGAUGACUGUGGCCCAUCUCUGGUUUGACAAUCAGAUCUUCAGGGCCGAUACAAGUGAAGCCCAGUCAAACCAAACCUUUGACCAGAGCUCUGGGACCUGGGCCUCCUUCUCUAGGAUAAUUUCCCUGUGUAACCGAGCUGAGUUCAAGCCAGGACAGGAAAAUGUGCCCAUCAUGAAGAAAACUGUGAUUGGAGAUGCCUCAGAAACUGCUCUCUUGAAAUUCUCCGAGGUCAUUUCAGGGGAUGUGAUGGAAAUCAGAAAAAGAAACCACAAAGUAGCUGAAAUCCCCUUUAACUCGACCAACAAAUUUCAGGUCUCCAUCCAUGAGACGGAUGACCCCGGUGACAAACGCUUCCUCCUGGUGAUGAAAGGGGCGCCCGAGAGGAUCUUAGAGAGGUGCAGCACCAUCAUGAUCAAUGGCCAGGAGCAGCCCCUGGAUGAGAGCACGGCUGAGGCCUUCCACACAGCGUAUAUGGAGCUCGGAGGCAUGGGCGAGCGUGUGCUGGGUUUCUGUCAUCUCUACCUGCCAGCGGAUAAGUUUCCAGAAACCUACUCCUUUGACACAGACACCAUGAACUUCCCCACGUCCAGCCUUUGUUUUGUGGGACUCUUGUCCAUGAUUGAUCCCCCUCGGUCCACGGUGCCCGAUGCUGUCACCAAAUGCCGGAGUGCUGGGAUCAAGGUUAUCAUGGUGACAGGUGAUCAUCCCAUCACAGCCAAAGCCAUUGCCAAGAGCGUCGGGAUCAUUUCCGCCAACAGUGAGACAGUGGAGGACAUUGCAAAACGCCUCAACGUUGCCGUGGAACAAGUUAACAAACGGGACGCUAGAGCUGCCGUGGUGACCGGCAUGGAACUGAGCGGCAUGAGCCCAGGACAGCUUGAUGAGAUCCUUGCAAAUCACUCAGAAAUUGUCUUUGCCCGGACGUCCCCCCAACAGAAGCUGUUCAUAGUGGAAGGCUGUCAGAGACUGGGUGCAGUGGUUGCUGUGACCGGGGAUGGAGUCAAUGAUUCUCCGGCGCUAAAAAAGGCAGAUAUUGGCAUCGCCAUGGGCAUAUCAGGUUCUGAUGCAGCCAAAAAUGCAGCUGACAUGGUGCUACUAGACGACAACUUUGCAUCGAUCGUCACAGGGGUGGAAGAAGGCCGUCUGAUCUUCGACAACCUAAAGAAGACGAUCGCUUACACCUUGACCAAGAACAUCGCUGAGCUCUGCCCCUUUUUGAUCUACAUUAUUAUCGGGAUCCCCCUUCCCAUGGGCACCAUCACCAUUUUGUUCAUCGACUUGGGCACGGACAUCAUUCCCUCUGUUGCCCUGGCAUACGAGAAAGCAGAAAGCGACAUCAUGAACAGGAAGCCUCGUCACAAAAAGAAGGACAGACUGGUCAACGCACCGCUCGCCCUCUACUCUUACCUGCACAUUGGCCUCAUGCAAGCUGUGGGAGCCUUUGUUGUUUAUUUCACUGUUUACGCACAGGCUGGAUUUAGACCCAGCCGUCUCAUUGGCCUGCGAGUACAGUGGGAAAAAGACGACGUGAAUGACUUGGAAGACAGCUAUGGGCAGGAGUGGACAAGGUAUCAGAGGCAGUACCUGGAAUGGACAGGCUACACAGCCUUCUUCGCUGCCAUCACAAUUCAGCAAAUAGCAGAUGUGAUCAUCAGGAAAACCCGGAGAAAUUCUGUUUUCCAGCAGGGACUCUUCAGAAAUAAAGUCAUUUGGGUCGGGAUAGCCUCACAGAUCAUCAUCGCCCUGAUCCUCUCCUACGGCCUGGGGAGUGUCACAGCCCUGAGUUUCACGGUGCUCCGGGCUCAGUAUUGGUUUGUGGUUGUGCCAUAUGCUAUUCUGAUCUGGGUUUACGAUGAAAUACGGAAACUUUUCAUCAGGCUCUACCCUGGAAGUUGGUGGGAUAAGAACAUGUACUAUUAA